UUGCCUCCAAGGUAUGAGCUGCCUCACCAAGAGAUGCCCAAUUCCACCAUAAUGAUGGAAUUUCUCCUGACGGGGUUUUCCGAUGUAUGGGAACUACAAGUUUUGCAUGCUGUAUUCUUCUCUCUGAUGGAUUUGGUUACUCUCAUUAGGAAUUUUCUCAUUGUUAUUGUCACCACUCUGGACAAGAGACUUCACACCCCCAUGUACUUCUUCCUCAGGAAUCUGUCCAUCUUGGAUGCGUGCUGUUCUGUAACACUAUCUAAUUCAUGUGUCAACAAUCUGCUUGACAGCAGUGUCAUUUCAAAGGUAGGAUGUGUAGCUCAGGUCUUCCUAGUGGUUUUCUUUGUACAAGUGGAGCUGCUCUUCCUCACCUUCAUGACCCAUGACUGCUAUGUGGCCAUCUGCCCGCCUCUCCACUACCCUGUGAUCAUGAACCCUCACAUCUGUGCCCACAUGACACUGGCUUCCAUCCUCAGUGGUCUCUUCUACUCAGGAUUCCACACAGGUGUCACUUUCAGGCUCCCUUUUUGUCAGUCCAACAUUAUUCAUCAGUUUUUCUGUGAUAUCCCUUCUCUGCUGAAGCUCUCCUUCUCUGACACCUUCAGCAAUGAGAUGAUAAUCCUUGUCUCUGAUCUGCGGACUGGUGGAGGCUGUUUCAUCUUCAUCAUCAAGUCUUACAUUCACAGAUUUUCUAAUGUGCUCAAGUUCCCAAGUGGAGGAGACAGAGCAAAUGCGUUUUCCACCUGCAUCUCUCAUAUCCUCGUGGUGUCUGUCUUCUUCAGCUCACUCGCAUACGUAUUCCUAAGGCCAUCUGGGAUCUCUGCAACCAUCCAGUAUAUUGUCCUUUCUGUGUUCUAUUCUGUAAUUCCCCCCCGCUUCAACCCAAUUAUUUUCAGUCUUAGAAAUGAACAAAUAAAAUGUGCCAUCAGGAAAAUCAUGGAAAAAAUAUUUUAAUUAGGAAAUUGCUUAGGUUCAUCCUAUGUUAUUAAUUGAAAUUUAUGUUUUAAGCAAUAUAUUGAGAUAAUCGAUUGGAAAUAUAUAGAUGUACUUUGUAUUAU